AUGAGCAGUGAGGAUGCUGUUGAAAAAGCUCUGGAAUUAGGAAUAUUGUACUUCAAACAUGACAAUUUCAAAGAUGCUCAGAGCCUCUUUACCAAGGCAUUGAAGCUAGCAGUUUCUUACGAUGAGAAAAAACUAGAAGAACUACGUUUGUCGCAUGGUUUGAGCAAAAGGCCACUUUCUGGAUUUGGGGAACUUGUGCAUCCACGAUUGGUGAAACUGCUCGAUAAUCGAGCUGCUUCAUGGGAAAAAUUGGGCGAUUUACGCAAGGCAUUGAAAGAUGCCUGUAGAUGCGUUAGGUUCGAGCCUUACAAUUUGAAGAGCUAUCUUAGACGCGGCAAAAUUCUGCAAAAAAUGGGGAAAGAUCAGGACGCGCUCGAUAACUAUAGGGACGGAUUGCGUAAAAUGAGGGAAAUGAAGGAAAAAUGGGAUCUGAAGUCGUCCCUGAAAUUGGAAGACCUUGUCAAAUAUCAAAUUUCUUUGAUCAACAAUCGGUCCAACAAGGCACAGGCAGUCUCGACUAAGGAGAAAAGAGUAUUGAUCCCGCCUCCAACCAAGGCAUUUAAGGACUUGCCAAAAUCAAAGAUUUUCAAGAAUAACAAAACGCAUACAUAUUUGGAUAUUGUGGGUCAAUGCCCGCUAGAGAUUCUGAAAGUCAUUCUUCUGAAUUUGGACGCAAGACAAGUUGCCAGGUGCAUGCUGGUCUGCAAAGUCUGGCAGGCUCGUAUCACUAAUCUUCCAGAAGUCUUUAAUCGAUUCGAUAUAAGCUCCUGCAACCAUCGAGCUAUUUUGUCUUUUCAAAAAUUUGUGAACAGAAUCAAUCAUUACAAGGAAAAAUCAACAAUCGACUUUGUCAAGUUUUCCAAUUCUUCGCUGUCGUGUGAGCCUCGAUCUUUAUCCAUACUAAUCGAAAAUCUGCAGCCCCGCGUUAAGACACUUAUAAUUCACAGCAAAACAGCGGAUUUUGAACAACUGACAUCUGCCUUUUCCAAAAACUUGACCCUUGCCACUGAUCUGGAGCGACUCAGCUUGAGUUGUGGUUAUCGCAUGAACCCAUCGGCAAUGUUGGACCGCUUGUUUUUGAGUUCUCUAUCGAAUAUCAGCCACUUAGACCUCAUAUUUUCUAAGUGCACAGGUACCAAUCGCUCAAGAGACAUCUCAACAGCUGAGUGUGCCAAUAAUGUUAAACUCCAACGGCUCAAAUCGCUAAAGCUGAUAUGUGACCUUAAAAACAUGCCCAACAUUUUCCCACUAAAGCCUCUACUCGGUUCAGGUCCUUUGAAGCGCCUGGAAAAGCUUUGCAUCUGUGGAGUGUCGUUUGGCGCUGGCGCGAAGUUUGAAUGGCUGCCGCAUUUCAGAAAUUUGAAGGAGCUCUGGCUAGAAAAUAAUAAAGAAGCAUAUUUAGAGGACUUCUUGAAAGUUAUCAUUUAUGUGCCUGUGUUUUCAAGGCUAUCGAAGCUGACCUUUCGUGAGCACCGCAUCGCAAAUCAAGCGACAGACCUGAGGCAAUACCCUCAAUUGGUAGAGAACACAAUCCUGAUGAAAAAUUUAAACGCUUUGGGGCAUUUGGAUUUGAUGGGGAGUUCAAUUAGCUCGCAUGGGUUACUUGCGCUUCUUUCAGCAUUUUCAUUCGACAAGCUGAAGAGUCUCAACAUUGGUGAUUGUCCGUAUAUUCACUUUCAGCGAGGAAAUGACAAUGGGUACAUGGACGUAAGAGAGCUACUCAAAUUAUUGCCUCAUAUCGAAGAGCUUUUACUUCCUCAAUCAGUGGCAUUAGAUGAUCACUGCCUUAGACUUUUCGCCCAAAAUGUAAGAUACGUCAGGAAAUUAAGAAAGCUGGAUCUUUCACUGAACACUUCAUUGACUGGCGUUUCAAUUUAUGACCUUUUGCGAGCACUGAAAGAGGAGUUUAUUGUUUUGGAUAAACUUGAAAUUGAUGGUUGUUCUUCGAUAGCGGAAAGUACGGCGAAUGCUCUGAAGCGGAGUGACUUGGUUAAAGAAUUAUCAUGCUCAUAUGAGAAAACUUCUUGGAAGACCUAUGGUGUGAACUCACUGAUGAUCUGUAACUAG